AUGAACAUCUUCCAGCGCCACAAGACGUUCCGGCCCAAGAAGAGCCACAGCAAGGGCACGAAGCGCUACGAUCUGCACAAGCAUGCCAAGGCGACGCUCGGCGGCGGCGACAUGCGCUCGGCCGUUCGGCUGCCCGAGCACGAAGACCUCAACGAGUGGCUCGCCGUCAACACGGUGGACUUUUUCAACGAGAUCAGCAUCGUCUAUGGCACGAUCCUCGAGUUCUGCAGCAAGGCGUCGUGCCCGAUCAUGAGCGCCGGGCCCAAGUUUGAGUACCUCUGGAAGGACACGAAGAACUACAAGACGCCGGCCAAACUGCCCGCGCCCGAGUACAUUGACAUGCUCAUGAGCUGGGUCGAGGACCAGCUUGGCGAUCCAACCGUCUUUCCCGCGACCGAAGGCGCUCCGUACCCGCGCAACUUUCAGGCUGCGAUCAAAAACAUCUUUCGCCGGCUCUUCCGCGUCUACGCCCAUGUCUACUACUCGCACUUUGACAAGAUCGUGUCGCUCGGCGCCGAAGCGCACUUGAACUCGUGCUUCAAGCACUUUAUCCUCUUUGUCAUCGAGUUCGACCUCGUCGACGCCCGCGAGCAAGAGCCCCUUAAGGACCUCAUCGCCAACUUGGUGCGCUAA